AUGGAGUUGAAUAUCCCAGUCAAUACGCAUUGGAGAAAGUCCUUUGCACACCAAAUCCGAUUCCUCCUUGACCCCAACAGCGAUCUGUCCAAGAGGCAUCCCCAUCUACAUCACAUCCUUGCUAGGAAUGCAGAUGAUGCUCUUCAUAUGAGAGGGGGUAAACCUAUAUCUCAAUGUACUCAUAAGAUCAAGCGAAUCAAUGAAGAAUCCAGGAACUCCUAUAGCCUCGGUCGAAGCGAUGGGCCGGCGUUUCAGAAGAACGAAAAUUCCGAGAUUGUCAACCAACUAUGGGCGUUUGAAGACACCGUGGAGCAUCGCUACAACUGUCUGUGUACCGAUCUCCUAGACCGCAUGGAAAUUUAUGGUUAUCUGGGUUCAGGAACUUUUGCCGCGGUUUUCCUAGCAAGAGAUAAAACUACUUCCUCUUGGCAAGCAAGGCCAGAGGAUGUGAAUCACUACGCCGUGAAGGUUCAGAGGCACGAGACGGUAUUGGGUGCCGUGACCUCUGGUCGACCUACGCAACCGAUGAUUGCCAUUGAAGAGGUCUCAUCAACCCGGUAUAUCCCCAAUGAAGCGUUAAUUCUCUUACUUCUGACACACAGUGACAGGUUCCCUAUGCUUGACUCCGUCUAUACGCAUGAUAGGUUCCAUGCCAUUGUUAUGUCACCAUGUAUUGACCCUUCCCCCGAGAGAAAUCCAGGCUAUCCAGGAAGCAUGAGACGGGUCUUCCCAGCAUUUACGGGGAAGUAUCUGAUGAACAAGAACAAAACGCCCCUGUUAGAUGAGAUGCAGGCCUGCAAAGUCGCCGCACAGCUUUUGGAAGGCAUAGUUCAUAUGGCUGACAUGAACCUCUGGCACACAGAUCUGUCAGUCAAUAAUUUCUGUGUUGAUCAGAAUCUGAACGUUCAGAUUAUUGAUCUCGGAGAAACCACGUUUGGUCUCAAAGAUCACGACUUUCGAGAGAGUGAAUUUUACUAUAUUCCCUAUCAGGAGUAUCAAGUAUUUCCCGAAGUAGCUGAACAGCUUUUAGAAAUAAAAAGCCAUAAUUAUGAUUCUCACAACGCAGGCUUACUUCCUCUGACACAUGAUGUCCGCGAGGAAGCCAUCUGGAAGUACGGUGUCAUUGUAUAUGGCAUUCUCCAUGGCUAUUGGCCUUGGGAGGAGGUCUGUCACUUUGAUCUACUGCGUUGGAAACCUGGCCAUCAUGACGAUAUCAUCGAUGAGCGCCGAAUGAGAAUGGUUAGGUACGACGUGCCUAUUAACGAAAGCUUAUCACAGGGCUGUAGAGAUGUUCUUCGGCGGCUUUUGUCUAGAGACCCACGGAAUCGGCCGUCGCUGGAUGAGUUGAUUACCUUUCCAUGGUUUUCGCAGUGGUCCAGAGCCAAUCGGUUAUAUGAGCGGCCCUUUUCACACAGAUUUCAGAAUAGUUACUUUAGAUCAGCUGGUAUGUAA